AUGCCAUUCUGUGUACGUGCGCUUCGUGAAAAAGGAUCUCCCGCAGACCUCGAUGCGGCAGACAUUGUGGAAAUCAAACACUCGCUCAUUAAGCAGCGCACUUCGGACGCGAUUGCAGCUGCAAGGAGAGCCAUGGAACGCAACCCUAAACUAGCAUACUCUUUCUAUGUUUCAGGCUUAAGUGCUGACAGCACUCAGAGUCUGAAGGCAACCAAGAAGGGGCUGAAGUGCACUCAGAUCACGCCUUUUGUGCGUCACUACAUGCUGUGGCGCGCAGUUGAGCACGCAGGAAACAUGGGCGUAAGUACAUUACAAGAAGCAGUGGCAGGCCAGAAGGACUAUGCGGAGGGUCUUGCAUUUUUGAUGUCCUCGUGCGAAGACGCGAAGACGUUCAUCUCCGAGGCGCCACCAGACAAUCGAAAUAUGCAAACCAUCCUGAAUUGGUACAUCAUCUGCACUAUUGCUGUCCGAGGCUCAGACUUAAGCCCCGACUUGAGAGAAUUCGAUGACGUGAUCGAGAAACUCAAGGUUGCGGACCAGUUCUCCACUGUUCUUGGGUAUCUGCCUAGAAAGACGCAGAUACGUCUCGCACGCCAAUUGAUUGUGGAGUCUUAUGGUUCUGCCGUCCAGGGCUGGAGUGAUGUUCUCGCCCGUUUCGACAGCCUCGGGUCACCGAAGACGCAUGACAAACCAUCUCUUAGCAAAGCAGAGGAUGAUCUCACUGCAUGGUUGGAAGAUCUUCGUAUUGACGAUGAGCAACACGGCUCCGGCCCCAUGAAGUGUACCAACUCAUUGUGCGGCGUUGAGGAAAUGUGGUGGAUGUGGCAAAACUAG